AUGGACCGCGGGCUGCACCUCGGCGCGGCCGCCGCGGGCGAGGACGACCUCUUCCUGCACAAGAGCCUGUCCGCCUCCGGGGCCAAGCGCUUGGAGGCGCCUUUCCGCUCCGCGCCCCCGGGCAUGGACCUGUCCCUGGCGCCGCCGCCGCCGCCGCCUCGGGAGCGCCCGGCGCCCUCCUCCUCCUCGUCGCCCCCCCUGGGCUGCUUCGAGCCGGCUGAUCCCGAGGGCGCGGGGCUGCUGCUGCCGCCGCCGGGGGGAGGCGGUGGUGGCGGCGGGGGGGUGGGCGUCCCCGGGCUGCUGGUGGGCUCCGCCGGGGUUGGGGGCGACCCGAGACUGAGCAGCCUGCCGGCGGGGGCCGCCCUGAGCCUCAAAUACGGCGAGAGCGCGAGCCGGGGCUCUGUGGCCGCCGAGAGCAGCGGCGGCGAGCAGAGCCCCGACGACGACAGCGACGGCCGCUGCGAGCUGAUGCUGCGGGCCGGGGGCGUGGACCCGCGGGCCUCCCCGGGCGCGGGCGGCGGCGGCGGCUCCAAGGCGGCGGAGGGCUGCUCCAACGCCCACCUCCACGGCGGCGCCAGCGGCCCCCCGGGGGGUCCCGGCGGAGCCAUCGGCGGGGGUAGCAGCAGCGCCGGCGGUGGCGGCGGCAGCACCACCAGCAGCAAGAAAUCCAAAGAGCAAAAGGCGCUGCGGCUCAACAUCAACGCCCGGGAGCGCCGGCGGAUGCACGACCUGAACGACGCGCUGGACGAGCUGCGCGCGGUCAUCCCCUACGCGCACAGCCCCUCGGUGCGCAAGCUCUCCAAGAUCGCCACGCUGCUGCUCGCCAAGAACUACAUCCUCAUGCAGGCGCAGGCCCUGGAGGAGAUGCGGCGCCUGGUCGCCUACCUCAACCAGGGCCAGGCCAUCUCGGCCGCCUCGCUGCCCAGCUCGGCGGCGGCGGCGGCGGCGGCGGCGGCGGCCCUGCACCCGGCGCUGGGCGCCUACGAGCAGGCGGCCGGCUACCCGUUCAGCGCCGGGCUGCCCCCGGCCGCCUCCUGCCCUGAGAAGUGCGCCCUGUUCAACAGCGUCUCCUCCAGCCUCUGCAAACAGUGCACGGAGAAGCCUUAA